AUACAGGAAUGUCCACAUGCAGGAACAACCCUAAAUUGCAGGCUGCAGUUGCACACUAAUUGUACUGGCUCGGUGAGAGGUUUGCGCUGCUCGAAUAUAAAAUGAAGUAUAUAUUUUUUAAGAUGUAUAUUUCGCGCACAAUAUGUGCCAAUAACGUUAUAUUAGUUUGAGUAUAAGUACCCGGGACUAUUUCACGUUCACGCAAGCCUACAUCUGAAAGAGACAUGAUGAGAGACCUUGCAUGAAAUUAGAGGAUCUGCUUGAAUAAAGGAACUGUACUUUCUGAGAAUGCAGAGGACAAGAGAGAAGACUGACAAGAUGGAGGAGAACAAAGCCAUGAGGAAGCUGCGGGUGUGCGUGGCAACGUGUAACCGGGCAGACUACUCCAAGCUGGCACCCAUCAUGUUUGGCAUCAAGGCCAACCCGGAUGAGUUUGAGCUGGAGGUGGUGGUGCUGGGUUCCCAUCUCAUUGACGAUUAUGGCAACACGUUCCGGAUGAUCGAGCAGGAUAACUUUGACAUCGGCUCCAAGCUGCACACCAUCGUGCGUGGGGAGGACGAGGCCGCCAUGGUGGAGUCAGUGGGUCUGGCGCUGGUCAAGCUGCCAGAUGUCCUCCACCGUCUCCGUCCCGACGUUCUGGUUGUCCACGGCGACCGCUUCGACGCCCUCGCCCUGGCAACUGCUGCCGCUCUGAUGAACAUUCGCAUCCUGCACCUGGAGGGAGGAGAGGUGAGUGGCACCAUCGACGACUCGAUCCGUCACGCCAUCUCCAAGCUGGCCCACUACCACGCCUGCUGCACCCGCACCGCCGAACAGCACCUCAUCGCCAUGUGUGAGGACCACACUCGCAUCCUGUUGGCGGGCUGCCCCUCCUACGACAAGCUGCUGGCCGCCCAUCACCGCGACGACUACAUGGACAUCAUCAGGAACUGGCUCGGAGACAAUGUGAAGGAGCACGACUACAUCGUGGCCCUGCAGCACCCGGUCACCACUGACAUCAAGAACUCCAUCAAGAUCUACGAGCUGAUGUUGGACGCCCUCAUCUCCUUCAACAAGCGAACGCUCGUCCUCUUCCCCAACAUAGACGCAGGAAGUAAGGAGAUGGUGCGUGUGAUGAGGAAGAAGGGCGUGGAGCAGCACCCUAACUUCCGGGCGGUGAAGCACGUGCCCUUCGAGCAGUUCAUCCAGCUGGUGUGUCACGCUGGGGCCAUGAUCGGCAACAGCAGCUGUGGCGUCAGAGAGGCCGGGGCAUUCGGGACCCCCGUCAUCAACCUGGGGUCCAGGCAGACUGGGAGAGAGACUGGUGAAAACGUCCUCCAUGUCCGAGACGCAGACACUCAGAAUAAGAUCUACCAUGCCCUGGAGCUGCAGUUCGGGAAGAGAUACCCCUGCUCAAAGAUCUACGGCGACGGGAAUGCGGUGCCUCGCAUCAUGAAGUUCCUGCAGGCCAUCGACCUUGAUGAGCCGCUGCAAAAGACCUUCUGCUUCCCCCCCAUCAGGGAGUGGGACAUCUCCCAGGACAUCGACCACAUCCUGGAGACUCAGAGCGCCCUAGCCAUCGACCUGGGGGGGACCAACCUCCGCGUGGCCAUCGUCAGCAUGAGGGGUAAGAUAGUGAAGAAGUACUCUCAUGCGAACCCCAAAACCUACGAGGCUAGGAUCGAGCUGAUACUGAAGAUGUGUGCGGAGGCAGUCUUUGACGCUGUUCAUCUCAACUGCCGGAUUCUGGGAGUGGGUGUGUCGACUGGGGGCAGGGUGAACCCACAGGAGGGUGUGAUCCUCCACUCCACCAAGCUGAUCCAGGAGUGGAGCUCCAUCGACAUCCGCACCCCCAUCUCUGACGCCCUCCACCUGCCCGUCUGGGUCGACAACGACGGCAACUGUGCCGCCCUGGCAGAGAAGAAGUUUGGCCACGGCAAAGGAGUGGAGAACUUUGUCACCAUCAUCACUGGAACAGGCAUCGGCGGGGGCAUCAUCCAGCACAACGAGCUGAUCCACGGCAGUACGUUCUGCGCGGCCGAGCUGGGCCACAUCAUGGUGUCUCUGGACGGGCCGGAGUGUAUGUGCGGCAGCCGUGGCUGCAUCGAGGCCUACGCAUCAGGCAUGGCCCUGCAGAAAGAAGCCAAGAGGCUCCAUGACGAGGAACUGCUGGAGGUGGAGGGGAUGGUGGAUCUGAAGAAGGCCGAGUUCGUCAGCGCCAUCCACCUCAUCAACGCAGCCCGCCUGGGCAACAGCAAGGCUGGAGCCGUUCUCAGAACAGCCAGCAUGGCCCUCGGAGUGGGCAUCGUCAACAUCCUCCACGUGGUCAACCCCUCUCUGGUCAUCCUGUCAGGAGUGCUGGCCGCCCACUACCAGGCACCUGUCCAGCAGGUCAUAGGUCAAAGAGCCCUCACCUCCGCCCAGCGCAUCCAGGUCCUGACAUCUGACCUCGAAGAACCCGCCCUACUGGGGGCCGCUAGCAUGGUGCUGGACUACACAACCAGGCGCAUCUAUUAAGAACAUUACGGUAUUGGACAACACAACUGGCGCAUCCAUUAAGAACAUUACAGUAAUGGACUACACAACGGGUGCAUCUAUUAAGAACAUUACAGUAAUGGACUACACAACAGGCACAUCUAUUAAGAACAUUACAGUAAUGGACUACACAACGGGCGCAUCUAUUAAGAACCAUUGGUCAGUUGUCAAGCUCUAGUUUUCAUUUGUGGUCCCCAAAGGAGGAGGGACAUAUUUUGCAAUUCCCUGGUGUAGAAAGAUUUGCUAUUAGCAAAUAGAAAUGGAUAAGAUAAAGGUAGCAUCUACAGAUAGAUCUGCUCAAUGGGGCCUACAUCUAUGCUGCUGUCCCAAAUGGGACAAUCUGACAUGCACAUGCUCUUCCAGCUAUCGACUCCUUCGAUUGGACGAACCGUUGACGUUCAUUUAUUUCAGUUAGGAAAAUACCCAACUUGUCAUCGUCUAAGGUGUCAGUCUAAUUUUCAAUGUCAACAUAAUACAAUUUCUACAGGGGAUACAGUACUUAAAUGGUAGUACUAUAAACAACAGUGCUGAAAUAGUAGUACUAUUAACUACCUUACUGAAUUAGUAGUGUGUGUGGAUACAUAUAUAACAGCCUAUACAGUAAUAUGAGUACAGCCACAGUAUGAGUAAACGGUUGGGUGUGUCCAGACAAAAGAUGUGACCAAAUUCAUAUUCAUUUAUGCUUUACUGGCCAUAUUUUGACCCUCAUAAUUCCAUGUUUUUGUUACGUCUUAAUUCUAAACGUACAAUAUGUUAUUGUUGAAGCCACGCUAUGAAAGCAGCAUGUUGCUAUGACAUAUUUAACUAUGUAUUUGUCAUACCGAGCUGUAAGCACUUUGCGCCACUUUAUCUUAUUUUGGAAUCGGCAAACAUCACUGCUGGUUUGGAAAACCAAAUGCCCUAAGGAGAUGUUUUAGGUUCUGCCACGUUAAAUGUUUCAUUUCAAUCAAUCAAUCAAAUGAUUCAUUACCAUUCAAUCAUUUAAGUUGAGCAUGUGGAACUGGAACCAGUUCUCCAACCAGGUGACUUACCCAUGGACCACUCUCUAUAUAGGACCACUCUCUAUAGGACCACUCUCUAUAGGACCACUCUCUAUAGGACCACUCUCUAUAGGACCACUCUCUCUAUAGGACCA